CUAAAAACGAAAAAAAUAGAAAAUAAAAAAUAAAAAAUAAAAAAGAUAUAUAUCGCAGAAAUUUGGAAACACACAAAAUCUCUCGCUGUCUUGCACACACACGCGAAAAAACCCUAAAUAUCAGCGGUAUGGCGGCAGCAUCUGGAACUGCCCCCACGACGGCGAUGGUCGAUCAAGCCCCUAAUCAACCAGCGGUCCCUACUGUGACUCAGGUAGCCGCCGCGGCGGCACCAGCUGUGGAAGCGUUGCAAACGCACCCUAACUCGUCUCUCUACGUUGGAGAUUUGGACAAAAGUGUCAACGAGGCGCAUCUCUUGGAUCUCUUCAACCAAGUGGCUCCUGUCCAAACAGUUAGGGUUUGUCGCGACUUGACUCAUCGCUCUCUCGGAUACGCUUACGUCAACUUCGCUAACCCUAAUGAUGCGAUGCGAGCGAUGGAUACUCUCAACUACACACCGAUCAAAGACAGACCCAUAAGGAUCAUGCGUUCGAACCGUGACCCGAGCACGAGACUUAGCGGGAAAGGCAAUGUUUUCAUCAAAAACCUAGACGUAUCUAUCGAUAACAAAGAUCUCUACGAUACGUUCUCGACCUUCGGGACCAUUCUCUCUUGCAAGGUGGAGAUGACCUUGUCGGGAAGGUCUAGAGGGUACGGAUUUGUUCAGUUUGAAAAAGAGGAAACCGCUCAGGCUGCUAUAGAGAAGCUUAACGGAAUGCUUCUUAAUGAUAAGAAAGUCUUUGUUGGACUUUUUGUCCGACGUCAGGACCGUACUCGGUCCGAGAAUCGUGCGCUCCCACGUUUCACUAAUGUGUACGUGAAGAAUCUUCCUAAAGAGAUUGAUGAUGGUGAGCUUAAGAAGACGUUUGGGAAGUAUGGAGAUAUAUCGAGUGCGGUUGUGAUGAAAGAUGAGAGUGGGAGCUCGAAGUGUUUUGGGUUUGUGAAUUACGAGAAAUCUGAGGACGCUGCGGUUGCGGUUGAGAAGAUGAAUGGUAUUAGUCUUGGGGAGAAUGUGUUGUUCGUUGGGAAGGCGCAGAAGAAGUCUGAGAGGGAAGAGGAGUUGAAGAGAAAGCAUGAGCAAGAGAAGUUGCAAGGAUCAAAUCUGUAUGUGAAGAAUCUUGAUGAUAGUGUGGAUGAUGAGAAGCUUAAGGAGAUGUUCUCUGAGUAUGGGAACGUGACAUCGAGCAAGGUUAUGAUAAACUCAGGAGGUUUGAGUAGAGGGUUUGGUUUUGUUGCGUAUUCUAUUCCUGAAGAAGCUUCAAAAGCUAUGAAUGAAAUGAAUGGGAAGAUGAUAGGAAUGAAACCCCUUUACGUUGCUUUGGCUCAACGCAAGGAAGAGAGAAGGAACCACCUUCAGACCAAGUUCUCUAAUAUGAGAACGAAUGGGACAAUGACUCCAAUUCCAAUGCCUGGGUUCCAUCAUCACCCAGCAGGAGGGGCAAUGGCAGGACCACCACAUCAUCAAAUGUACAGAGGCCAGAACGGUCAAGGUCUGAUGCCGUCACAGCCUAUGGGAUAUGGCUACCAACUUCAGUUCAUGCCUCGUCCGAGGUCUGGCCCGGCUAACUUUGUGAUGCCUUACCCUCUUCAUAGGCAAAACCAGCAUGGUCCGCGGGUUGGGUUUAGGCGUGGCACUACUAACAUGCAGCAGCAGCAGCACUUCCAGCAACAACAGCAAAACACAAGCUCGGGAAUGAGAUACUUGGGAGGUGCAGGCAACAUGAGAGGUAUGGAAGUAGCUGUUCCACAAGGCAUGAUCUCUUUGCCUUUAGGUGCAUCUGCAAUCUCCCAAAAUGCUUCUCAAGCCCUACAGGAGCCAUCACCACUUCCCAUUUCUAAGCUCACUUCUGCCUUGGCUCUGGCUAGCCCCGCCAAGCACCCACAGAUGCUUGGGGAGCAGCUCUUCCCACUUGUGGAGAAGCAGGAGCCAGUGCAUACUGCCAAAGUUACAGGGAUGUUGCUGGAGAUGGACCAAGCAGAGAUCUUACACCUUCUCGAGGCACCUGAAGCUCUCAAGACCAAAGUGUCUGAGGCUUUGAUUGCUCUCAGACUCUCUGCUAAUCCACCAGCUGUGUCUUCUGCAUGAUGACCAGUUUGCUCCCUCUUAAAAAACUCUUAGGAACUCUCAGCUUAAACUAGUUAUCUUGUUUUUUUUUUUUAUGUUUGCAAGGUUGGUUUGUUUUGAGUUUUACUCAUAACUUUCUUUGUCAUUUGAGAUUUUAACUCUUAGCACUUUAUGUAGACUUUUUUUGGGCUAUCUAAU